AAAAACUGUAAAGUAAGAUAAUUGCAAAAGUUUUUGAAAUGCGGCUUUGAUUAAUAAUAAUAACAAUGGAUGCAACGGAAGACCAACUGAUACUGGCCACAGGUGGCUAUGACCACACAAUCAAAGUGUGGCAAGCGCAUACCGGGAACUGCAUAAAGACCAUGCGCUUUGUGGAAACAUCGCAAGUAAAUGCAUUGGAUCGCACACCAGAUAAGACACGUCUGGCUGCUUGUGGCUACCAGUGCAUACGGCUUUAUGACUUGGAGUCCAACUGUACGGCGCCUAUAAUCAAUUUUGACGGCGUGCAAAAGAACGUCACGCGCCUAGGAUUUCAGGAGGAUGGGAACUGGAUGUAUACGGCUGGUGAGGACCAUCGAGUGCGCAUUUGGGACAUGAUCUCUGCGCCUCCCCAUUGCUCACGUGUCUUCGACUGCCAGGCACCCGUAAAUGCCGCAUGCUUACAUCCAAACCAAGUGGAAAUUGCUAUGGGCUCGCAAAAUGGUGGCGUUUACCUCUGGGAUGUUAAGUCGGAGGUAAUUAGAUUACUGCCGAGGUGGGAUAUUUUACUACAAGAUGUAGCCAUCUCACCGGAUGGACAUUACAUGGCCGCAGGCAACAAUAAGGGGAACUGCUACAUUUGGGAAUUGUCAAGCAGUCCCAAUCAGCAUUUAAGCACUAUCACGGCCAGAGUGAAAAUUCCAGCACACAAUCGCGCCAUAUUGCGAUGCAAGUUCAGUCCAGACUCACGUAUGCUGGUGACUACAUCGGGCGAUGGCACUGCCUGCAUCUGGAAGAUUGAAGACUUUAGCAAAUGGUGCGAGUUGGUCAUCAAGGGUUAUUGGGUCUGGGAUGCUGCCUUCAGUGCUGACUCCAAAUGGCUUUUCACUGCCUCCUCAGACGGCAUAGCCCGUCUCUGGAACUUAAAAACCGAGACUAAAAAGUCUAUACGAGACUACACUGGCCAUACCAAGGCCAUAACAGCACUUUCAUUCAAGGACGAGAUUGUGCCCGAUUAGCGCCCCAGGACGGGCGGUUAGCUUGUCUUCUAGCUUAAGGAUUUAAUUAACAAUCCACAAAGCAGCAACAGCAAUGUCCUAGCUCCGGGACGGAGUGGGAAGUAUAUAUAUAUAUUGGCAACAGAGGUUAAAUUGGCAAUUGGCAAUUUUGGAGGGUAUGGGUCCGUGGAGACACACUGAACUGAACUGAGUUCUACCUCUGAAAUGCGCGCUUGGCUUUUGUAGCGUCGUUUUUUCAAACUUUUAUAAAUCAUAUAUUAUACUACGAUUAUUAUUAAUAAGGGAAUGCGAUUUAAUAAACCUUAUAGGCAUAGCAUUCAUAUAAAUAAA